AUGGAAAAGUGUUACAUACCAAGAGCUUCACCAGGCUAUGAAGGAUUUUCUGACAGCAAAUUACUUGGUGUAGGGAGUUUUGGAUCAGUAUACCAAGUUACUCUUUCAGAUGGGUUGAGCAUUGCAGUAAAGAUCUUCAAUUUGGAGUUAGAAGGAGCAUUUAAGAGCUUUGACAUUGAGUGUGACGUCUUGCGCAACAUUCACCAUCGAAAUUUAGUCAAAAUUAUCAGUAGUUGUUCUAACAUUGAUUUUAAAUCCUUGGUUCUUGAGUUCAUGCCUAAUGGAAGCCUAGAGAAGUGGUUGCAUUCACAUAACUAUUUUCUGGAUAUGAUCCCUAGGUUGAACAUAAUGAUCGAUGUGGGAUCUGCAAUAGAAUAUCUUCACCAUGGUUAUACAAAACCUAUGAUCCAUUGUGAUUUAAAAGCCAGCAAUAUUCUUCUUGAUGAAGAUAUGGUUGCACAUUUAGGUGAUUUUGGCAUUGCAAAGCUGUUAGGUGAACCAUAUUCCACAACACAGACCAUGACAAUAGCAACGACUGGGUAUAUGGCACCAGGUAAUGACUAAAUUUUAAACUCUUUGAU